GCCGCACGGGCCGGAUCGCGCCAUCUCACACUUUCCUCGCCGGACGCCCGGCCGGGACGACCCUCGGGCUCCGGGGGCUGGGGGUGCCCGGGAGGGCCGGGGCGGGGCUGCUCGGCCCCCUCCGCGCGCCCCCUGUCCCCGCCGGCUCGGAGAAGGGGGCAGGCCGUCACGUUUCCCCACACCCCUCCCCGCUGCCGGCGGCUUUGGGGCCCCGGUGGGGAGCAGGGGGCUGAUUAGCCGAGGAGCAGGGGUGUGGCCAGCGGGGCCCCGGGUAGUGAGUCACACACGCUGCUCGCCCAGUCCCGGGGCCGAGCGCGCUUCCAGCCCGAGCUGAGCUCUGUCCUGGCCCGAAGAGUGUCCGCGGGCUUGGCAUGAGGACCCUGGGGUGCCAAGGGAGGGGCUGAAGCCCAGCUUACUGGUGGAGGCGGGCGGACAGAAUGACCGAGAACAUGAAGGAGUGCUUGGCGCAGACCAAGGCGGCCGUGGGGGAGAUGGUGACGGUGGUGAAGACAGAAGUCUGCUCACCACUCCGCGACCAGGAGUAUGGCCAGCCCUGCUCUAGGAGACCAGACCCCUCGGCCAUGGAAGUGGAGCCCAAGAAACUGAAGGGGAAGCGUGACCUCAUCAUGCCCAAAAGCUUCCAGCAAGUGGACUUCUGGUUCUGUGAGUCCUGCCAGGAGUACUUUGUGGAUGAGUGCCCGAACCAUGGCCCCCCAGUGUUUGUGUCUGACACGCCAGUGCCCGUGGGCAUCCCAGACCGGGCUGCCCUCACCAUCCCUCAGGGCAUGGAGGUGGUCAAGGAAGCCAGUGGCGAGAACGACGUGCGGUGCCUAAAUGAGGUCAUCCCCAAGGGCCACAUCUUCGGCCCCUAUGAAGGGCAGAUCUCCACCCAGGACAAAUCAGCUGGCUUCUUCUCCUGGCUGAUUGUGGACAAGAACAACCGCUACAAGUCAAUAGAUGGGUCAGAUGAGACUAAAGCCAACUGGAUGAGGUACGUGGUCAUCUCCCGGGAGGAGAGGGAGCAGAACCUGCUGGCAUUCCAGCACAGUGAGCGUAUCUACUUCCGGGCCUGCCGGGACAUCCGGCCCGGGGAGUGGCUGCGGGUCUGGUACAGCGAGGACUACAUGAAGCGCCUGCACAGCAUGUCCCAGGAAACCAUCCACCGCAACCUGGCCAGAGGAGAGAAGAGGUUGCAGAGGGAGAAGUCUGAGCAGGCUCUGGAUAACCCAGAAGACCUGAGGGGCCCCCUUCCGCUCCCCGUGUUGAGACAGGGCAAAAGUCCCUACAAGCGUGGCUUUGAUGAGGGGGACGUGCACCCUCAGGCCAAGAAGAAGAAAAUUGACCUCAUUUUCAAGGACGUGUUGGAGGCCUCCCUGGAAUCUGCAAAGGUAGAAGCCCACCAGCUGGCUCUGAGCACCUCGCUGGUCAUCAGGAAGGUCCCCAAGUACCAGGACGACGGCUACAGUCAGUGUGCAAUGACCGUGUCGCAUGGCGUGCAGAAUGUCAGCCGGACCCAGGGGGAAGGGGACUGGAAGAUCCCCCAGGGGGCUCCCAAGGAGGCAGGCCCCUUGGAGGAUGAAGAAGAGGAGCCGUCGUCGUUCAAGGCCGACAGUCCCGCCGAGGCCUCCCUUGCCUCCGACCCUCACGAGCUUCCCACCACCUCUUUUUGUCCUAACUGUAUUCGCCUAAAGAAGAAGGUCCGGGAACUGCAGGCCGAACUAGACAUGCUUAAGUCUGGCACACUUCCUGAGCCCCCCACCUUGCCCGCACAGGUACUGGAGCUCCCAGAGUUCUCAGACCCCGCAGCCUCCGAGAGCCUGGUCUCCGGCCCCGCCAUCAUGGAGGACGAUGACCAGGAAGUCGAUUCGGCAGACGAAUCCGUCUCCAAUGACAUGAUGACGGCCACCGACGAGCCUUCCAAGAUGUCGUCGGCCACCGGGCGCCGAAUCCGGCGCUUCAAGCAGGAGUGGCUGAAGAAGUUCUGGUUCCUGCGGUACUCCCCGACCCUCAAUGAGAUGUGGUGCCACGUCUGCCGCCAGUACACGGUGCAGUCCUCCCGGACCUCGGCCUUCAUCAUCGGCUCCAAGCAAUUCAAGAUCCACACCAUCAAACUGCACAGCCAGAGCAACCUGCACAAGAAGUGCCUGCAGCUCUACAAGCUCCGCAUGCACCCCGAGAAGACGGAGGAGAUGUGUCGCAACAUGACACUGCUCUUCAACACCGCCUACCACCUGGCCCUGGAGGGCAGGCCCUACCUGGACUUCCGGCCCCUGGCCGAGCUGCUGCGGAAGUGUGAGCUCAAGGUGGUGGACCAGUACAUGAACGAGGGAGACUGCCAGAUCCUCAUCCAUCACAUCGCCCGGGCGCUGCGCGAGGACCUGGUGGAGCGCAUCCGCCAGUCGCCGUGCCUCAGCAUCAUCCUGGACGGGCAGAGCGACGACCUACUGGCCGACACGGUGGCCGUCUACGUCCAAUACACCAGCAGUGACGGGCCCCCGGCCACGGAGUUCCUGUCCCUGCAGGAACUGGGGUUCUCCAGCACAGAGAGCUAUCUCCAGGCGCUUGACCGGGCCUUUUCGGGCCUGGGCAUCCGGCUGCAGGAUGAGAAGCCCACCGUCGGCUUGGGCAUCGACGGGGCCAACGUCACGGCCAGCCUGCGGGCCAGCAUGUUCAUGACCAUCCGCAAGACGCUGCCCUGGCUGCUGUGCCUGCCCUUCAUGGUGCACCGGCCCCACCUGGAGAUCCUGGAUGCCAUCAGUGGGAAGGAGCUGCCCUGCCUGGAGGAGCUGGAGAACAACCUGAAGCAGCUGCUGAGUUUCUACCGCUACUCGCCACGCCUCAUGUGCGAGUUGCGGUCCACGGCCUCCACCCUCUGCGAGGAGACGGAGUUCCUGGGGGACAUCCGGGCCGUGAGGUGGAUCAUCGGGGAGCAGAACGUCCUCAAUGCGCUCAUCAAGGACUACCUGGAGGUGGUGGCCCACCUCAAGGACGUCAGCAGCCAGACCCAGCGGGCGGACGCCUCGGCCAUCGCGCUGGCCCUGCUGCAGUUCCUCAUGGACUACCAGUCCAUCAAGCUCAUCUACUUCCUCCUGGACGUGAUCGCCGUGCUCUCACGCCUGGCCUAUGUCUUCCAGGGCGAGUACCUCCUGGUGUCCCAGGUGGAUGACAAGAUCGAGGAGGCCAUCCAGGAGAUCAGCCGGCUGGCCGACUCCCCGGGGGAGUACCUGCAGGAGUUUGAAGAGAACUUCCGGGAGAGCUUCAACGGGAUCGCCAUGAAGAACCUCAGGGUGGCCGAGGCCAAGUUCCAGUCCAUCCGGGAGAAGAUCUGCCAGAAGACCCAAGUGAUCCUCGCUCAGAGGUUCGAUUCCCGCAGCCGGAUCUUCGUGAAGGCCUGCCAGGUGUUCGACCUGACUGCCUGGCCCCGGAACAGCGAGGAGCUCAUGAGCUAUGGCAAGGAGGACAUGGUUCAGAUCUUUGAUCACCUGGAAGCCAUCCCCACCUUCUCCCGCGAUGUCUGUAGGGAGGGGCUGGACCCCCGGGGGAGCCUGCUGAUGGAGUGGCGGGAACUCAAGGCCGAUUACUAUACCAAAAAUGGCUUCAAAGACCUCAUCGGCCACAUUUGCAAGUACAAGCAGAGGUUUCCGCUCUUGAACAAGAUCAUCCAGGUCCUCAAAGUCCUCCCCACGUCCACCGCUUGCUGCGAGAAAGGCCGCAACGCCCUGCAGCGAGUCCGCAAAAACCACCGCUCCCGGCUGACUCUGGAGCAGCUCAGCGACCUGUUGACCAUCGCUGUCAAUGGCCCUCCCAUUGCCAACUUUGAUGCCAAGCGAGCCCUGGACAGCUGGUUCGAGGAGAAGUCUGGCAACAGUUACGCACUGUCGGCCGAGGUCCUCAGCAGGAUGUCUGCGCUGGAGCAGAAGCCGGUGCUGCAGACCGUGGACCACGGGUCAGAGUUUUAUCCGGAUAUUUAGGGAGCUGGCGUCACAGAGUUCACUAAGCUGUUGAAUAUUUUUUUAAUCUAUACUCAUAAGCUUUGAUAUAUUAUAUAAAUAUAUAUUAUAUUAUAUUAUAUAUAUAUAUAUAUAAAAACCCACACUGAAAAAUUUUAAAAACUAAGGUGACACGUCCACCAGAAGCUACUGGGAGCUUUCAGAAAGGAAUAACGUCGGAAACUGACUCUCGUCUACAAAACUUGGCAGCUGCAACACACGUGGAAACUCCUUUUCACUCACAGAAGCAUGUGCUGGGGCCACGCGUGUUCCCACCUAACAGUCAACCAACCGCAUAAGCUAAAAUGACAGGUCUGUCACCACCUUUGGGUAGCUCGUCCCGUUGAUGUUCUCGUUCGGGGGUGGAGGGGUUUGGGUUUGGGUGUGUGUUCUCGCCUUUUCUUUUCUCGUUCGGUCUCACGAGGGGAGUCGCUUGGCCUCUUCAUUGCCACGCUGGUCCCACCAAAUCAAGAGCUCUGAUUUUGGGAUACGGUGGGCUGUGGAUCGGGGUCGGGAAGUUUGACUUUUUCCCCCCUCCCACCCGACUUCAGCCGGAGAGAUUUUUCUUCAUUUCCUGACAAGUGUUCCUUCCACGGUCUGAGAAACCAACGGGUCGGUCAGACGGUGAUACCAGCCCGCUCCCCACCUCUGUCGCCCCUCCUGUCCCUGGGCGGUUGACCCCUCCUUCCAGCCCCGGGGAUCCUGAACAUGUUACCUGUUAUACUGAAGGCAAAAUCGCCUUCUCACUGCGCUUGAAAUCCGGGGGAAGAGCGGGGGCAUGAGCACUUGGCAUUCCUGUUUUUACCUGGUGUGGGAUAACAUGAUAUAAUUCCGUUCCGAUCCAGGGCUGUGGAGAAAUGAAGAGCCAAGAAGUCCAGACCCCAGUAGGGCAGCGAUUUUUGGCUAAAAACAGGUCAAAUGAAAAGUAUGUAUUCCAUUUACAUGAAUUAUUUAUAUUCUGUCUUUAUAAUCAUAUAAUGUAUUGGGGGCUAUUUUUUUCCCUUUAAUAAUCAGAAAAUUCCUGCUAGAGUCCAGUGGCAGGAGAUGUCAAUGCAAGUUGUGCCCUGGGUUAUGCAUAACUCCGAUGAGAGUCGCUAGAGAUGGGGUCCGUCUUUUGCAAUAAGGCUGAUGACAAGGCCUGCCGCCUGGCGGGAAGGUCGUGGGAAAGUGGAUAAUGCAUCUAUGUCUGCAGACGCUUCCUUUUUUUGAACAGGGUAGAGACGUCCUAAAAGAAAGGAAUAAACAGGAGCUAAGACAGGACUCUCAAGGCAUCAGCCUACACACAGACACACACACAGACACUCAGACACACACACAUACACACACAACCGUGAUAUAAGCUUUAGAAAUAGCCACUUGCCUGCUCCCUGAGGCAAAUAGUGGUCUAAGCUAGAGGAGUCUUGAUCAAUGCUCUUUUGUUCAUUUAAUUACCAGUAUACCUCGCAAGGGAGUUUUUUUUUUUUUUUUUUUAGAUGUGCGUGAGCUGUUAAAAACUUCUGUUUGUGUUUUCACAUCUGAUGGAUGCAUAUUUGAUAUGCAGAGAUCCUGCAUCCUGGAUGCAGGUUUAUCUGGGGGGAGGGAGGAAGAUCUGCAUUGUCUGUGGUCCGUCGGGUACCAUCCCUCUCAGUGGGCGAAGGAUGGUGUGAUCUGGCCACAGGCAUGGCCCCAGUGUCCCCAACCUGCUCGGCUCAGACAUUAGAAAACUGUGGUGGCUUCCUUCCUUCUUGGUGUAUCUUGUCCCCGAGGCCUCAUGCCACCGUUGAGAACCGUAGUGGAACUGUCAUCAACACUGAACAUGUCACCUCCCCCUUCCUUGUCCUGCCAGACCUUCACCCCCCACCCCCACAGGUCCCUUCCCCCUACCCCCAUGGUCUUGGUGCUAAGAUAACUUUAGAAUCAUUGCUGCUAGUCAAUAGCUUUUCAUUAUAUAAAUAUAUUAUAUAUAUUAUAUAUUAUUUUUGAAACUUUUCUGUUUGUUUUCAACAGUGAUGUAGCAUGUUAAAAACAACAACAACAACAUAAAACCAACUGGUUUUCUCCGACUGUCCCACUGCCAGGCCUCAUAUGCUGCCUUCUUCAACAAAUCAAUGCACCCCUGCCUGGUGACCUUCACUCCCCGCCCCCCCCCCCCGCCCCCAGUUGCACAUACUUUCCCCACCAUCCUCUGAACAAGGAGCUAGCAAGAAGUAGCAAGGAAAGACCCCAAACCCUUUCUCAUGCUAGGAAAUGCCCAGCCUCGUCCACCUUUCCACUUGAAACCUCUGUCUUCUCUUCCCGCUCCUCCUCCCAUCAGGGUCAGUGACUGGUCAAGUGCAAAGCACAAGGGCCCACUUUUCCCUCCUUGACUUCCUGUCCAUCGCACACCCAAACCACCACGUCUGCAGGACCUUUCCUUGACCAUUGCACAGACUAAGAUGGGUUGAAGGUAGAGACGGCUGGCAAGGUGGGCCAGAAACAGUAGGUGAGCUUGGGAUCUUUUCCUCUAGCCAACAAUUGCCUUACGACUUCUCCAGCCCCCACCCCCACCCCCCAGCACCUCCCCACCCAGCCCGCCAGGAGAUAGGCAGUCAUCCCCUAGACCACUCAUUUGAAAACCAGCAGGAGAGGGUCACUGAUGGCUGGCUGAGCACUGUAUCAGGGCAGCAACUGUUGCCUCUCAGUUGGCCAUGGCCAAAAUUAGCUCAAAUUUUUAUCCAGAGCCGGGGGGAUGGGUGGGGGGAAUCCUUUGGGCUGGUGCCAGCAUCUACUCUGUCAUUCUGGAAAAAGCUGGGAGCUAGCCACCUGCCUCUGGACCAGAAGCAUGAGUGGCGGCUAGCAGCAUGGGGCUGCAGGCCAUCCCCUGCCAGCCAGGCUCCAGACCUCGGAGAGGGUGAGCUCUCUGGUAGGUCCUGAAGUUUGAGAAGGCACCUCUAAAACUCCAGGCACUCAUGACACUCUGAAGGCCACUUGGCCUUGACAGGGAGCAAUUGGGGUGACACACCACUGCAAUUUACACAGAGUCUUUAUGGAGGCUCCAGUGCGUCUAUCCUGUGAAUGCUGCCUGCCAUUACCCAUGAUUUCCAGCCCAGGCGCCUCUCCUCUCCUGCCUCCUUGAAAAGGAUUCUUGGGUUGAGGGGAUCCUCAGGAUCUGGCCCAGGAAACCACACGCUUGGGUAGUCCCCUCCCCCCUUUGCCAGGUAUAAAAAGCCGUGGCCAGGCAGUCCUUGCGUCGCGAAUAUGGUUCCUUCGGACAAGACAGAGCUUUUAAACUCAGCCCCUGGCUUAGAAGGGACAUCCAACUGGCUUCGAAUGAAAGGAUUAUGUCUCUGGCAUCGAGACUUGUUAUCACUGGGUUGGCUGAUGAGUGACUUUCUUUGGUUCACGGAAGGGGUGGGAAGUGAUAUCGGGCUUGUGGUCCAUGGUGCUAAGCAAAGAUAAGGCAGAGCUAGGGCGCCGCCGUAAGGCCUUAUGAUUAAAAUGGUCUGCUUUUCUUCAAUGGAAGGGAAAAAAAGACCCACUGCCAUCUCGUAUCCAUUUGUGAAGCCUGAGGACAGCUUAGCCGUGUCUGCAACUCUUGCCAUGUCAAACAUGAGAGUCUGGGCAUUUACGACACCAGAUUUUUUUUUUUUUUGGAUGGCUGUGGGUGACAUCCUCUAGUUCCGGGCAGACCCUCAUUUCCUCACCCUCCUUUGAGGAGGAGACCAGGCUUCAACUCCUGGAUCUCUGGAUGGCAGCAUUUGGUGCUGGGCCACGAAUCUAGGGCAGUAGGGGGUCUCCACCCCUGUCCAAGUGACGUGUUUCUAUGUCGAAUGGUCUAGCUGAGCCCCUCUCUCCUUGACUUGCUUGGGUUGACCCUUCGAUUCAGAGGAAGGACUUUGUCAUGAUGUAAGGUGGUGUUUAAGUAUUUGCCAUUUGUUUGGAAGUGAUACCAAGAAGGAGAAAACCAGUGCAAGCAUGUAGAAUGCUGAAAAGGACCACGGAGACACUGAAAUGGACUAGACGUGGCCCAGCCUGGGCUGUGGGCUGGGCCUCUUUUUAGCUGUUCACCUGGAGCCUCGUGGGGUCCAGAAAGUGGCUUGGGGGUGGAAAUAGAACUUGUAGCUCCCACCCCCUUUGUUUUUUCCCCCACCCCCCUGUAGGAAGAGGAAUUCUGUAUCUAGAUCUGGUUUUGGCUUCCAGUCUAGGUGGAUUUCCAAGGAGAAUUCGUGUUCUUUCUUGGUCCCUACACCAAGCAUGGCCAGAAGGCUCCGGACCUCGUACCCCCUCGCGCCUGCAAGCAGCAGGCCCAGCCAGGCCAGCCUGGCACAGCCAAAGAGGGGAGGCCAGGCCUCCUUAGGCAAGAAAGGCAUGUUUGGAGGGCAGGUGAGCCGGAGACAGUCCCAUUCCGGAUGCUGGCCUCCUGGGGAGGUGGUGCUGGGUCCUGGGUCUUAGGCUAGCUUUCUGCUCCAAUCUCCAGGAGGGAAGGAUAUGUCCAGAGACACACAGGGCUCUUGUCCUGCUCGGAGGAAGGCAUCUCUCUGCUCUCCGUUGACAAGGUGCUUUAGCUGAGUGGAUGGAGCUGUGAUAUUUUAAGAAGCCUUUGAGGUGAUCUUCUGUGUUAGCCAGAGGGAGAAAAAGUGCCCUUUGGGGAGGAAAAUGGUACGUCCCUCCUCUUCCAUCUGGCUCCCCCCCCAAUCCCUUCAAGUGGUAUCGCCCUGGAAAUACCUAUGCAAUCCAGUCUCCCCAGGAGAGUGCAUGGAAGCAGGGGUAUGUGCAGUAUAUAAAACAGAUGCUACAGCAUAUAUAUUGUAUAUAUGGACAUAUGCAGUACGUAUACACACAGAGUAAGAGAUUAAAUCACGUCUAUAUAUCUAUAAAUAAUAUCCUAUAUAUUUAUACAUUUCUAUGUUUUAAAUAGAUAUAAAAAUAGAGUCUAUAGAGAGCUGGGAGAGCAGCGGGAAAGCCUGUCGCUGUGUUGUGAGAAGAGGGAGGAGGCAGAGCCUUUGUGGAGGAGCCGGGGAGCUGAGCAGGCAGGGUUUGCUGGGAACGGGGCCUCCUACCCAGAGGGUUGGAGAGGAGAGCAGCCAGUCCCGGCCCUCUCCAUGCACUUUCUCUCCUUCCCCACAGGCUUGGUCUGAGGUCCGGAGGAGAUGCUCACCCCUUGAGCUCCCCCUCAAGUGCCCCUCUCGUCCCCGCCCCCAGCCUAUACGCUUGGGUGGUCACUGCUUGGCAGUGGGAUGUGGUCUCUGACCCCUGGUGAAGGGACCACCGCACAAUUUCCCCCCAAUAACCUCCCCUCCACAGGAAUGAGCAGCGUUGGUGGCAACAGGAAAGAUGCAGAUGGGACCCAGCGAGGUCCAGGAAAGAUGCCACCCCCUCCCCUUUAGAUGCUUUCUGCUGCCCCCUAGAGGCCAAACCUUUGCGGUACCGCCGUCCUGGCCUCCCUCGCCGACUCCAUCACUGUCUACCAGGACAGCAUGGCCCGCCAGGGCUGCCCACCAUCCAGAAGCUUUCUGGCCAGGGCAGGGGGCAUCAGCUAAUGGGGAGGGGUGAGAGAGACAUAUCCGCACACUCAUACAUUCAGUAGCAACUCCAGUUCAGAAGCAGGGCUUUGGCCCAGCCCACUUUGCACAGCUGCUGCUGCUGGCUGAACUCAGGAUAACGUUCUUCCCUCUCCUGCACGGAGGCCCAGUGACCCCGUCACCCCACCGGCACCAUAGCAGGCAAGUUUAGUUCACGUACACUGUUCUGAUUCUGUGACUCGAGGCAGAGGCUGAGCCGCAUGCCCCAAGCUCAUCCACUUCCGCUGGGGAGGGCACCUUCCUCCGCUUGUCCCUGCUCCCACCCCCAGAUGGUGGGAAUGUCUGGGGGCCAGGGGGGCACCAGUGCCACUGGCAGCAUGACGAAGGGCUCGUGCAGCCCUGACAGAAUCAGAAAUCCGUUUCACUUCCAGGUUUCUCUCGAUUGUUUCUUUCCCCGGAAGUUAGGGGAGGAGGGGCCGAUGGGGCCACAGCGGAUGGGAGGGAGAGAGAGGGCAGCUGCCUCCCCUGCUCUCUAGACCCGCCUCUGCCUCGUGGCUCUCCAGGGGUGCCCAUCGCCCAUCUCCGAGCCUCCUCUGACCUCUGUCGUACUCUCUCCUACCAUCUUACCAACGUACCUCAGUCUCCAGCAGACCCCCCAUACCUACAGUCCGGGGCGGGUCUGUUCUGCCAAUGCCCACCUCCUACCCCGUCCACGUCCACCUGGGUCUCCUUGAGCCACAGCUAGCUGCCAACCGGGUCUCCAAACACCCUCCAGUGCCUGGCUCAAGAGAGACCAGGCCCGGCCCGAGCUUCCUCUUGCCGCGGUGGACCAGACCCGUGGCCAGAGGCUCGGCACCCCCGGGUAGCAAUCCCACAAUGCACUGUACCUCAGAGAGAGCGCUUCCCACGGGGCAGCACGGGCGCCGUCCUCCGUGCCAGGAGGCCGGCCGCUCACCACACUGCUCGCAAAAGACAAGGGCCAGGCUGCCCUCGGGGCACCCUCAGUCUUCACUUUUGUCUCUCCGGAAGAGCCAGCAGUCUGAUUCCGUCUUUUUCAGCCCCGUCUCUCUCCUUCUUUCCACCCCCACGCUGCUGAACCGUUUCAUUUCAAUCACAAAGGAAAAAUAAAGUGGGGGUGGGGGAAAUACCUAGGAGUCUAUUAUCACAUACAUAUUAAUAUGUUAAUACUUUCUUUCUUAAAAAAAAAAAAAACUCUUGAUGUUAUUAUUUUGCAGACUACGCUUUAUAGUACCUGUGUGAUGGGACCUAGAACACUGGAUACAAAUAGAGCUAUGUUGGUUUAUCAUAAUAUGUACGCAGAAACUUUCCUUUUGUCAUAUUAUCCUUGUAAUGUAAGGAGAUUGUUAAUAAAAGCAUUUAAAUUUC